AUGAAUAUGAAAACAUUCGCUGUGAGCAUUCGCAUUCAGCAGUUAACGGGGCCGCAUUUGAAAAAAUUAUCACUCGAGCUCGGUGGGAAAAAUGCAACGAUAGUGUGGAGGGAUGCUCCUAUCGAGAGCGAGCGAAUGAUGACCUCGGUUGUUCGCAGUGCAUUUGCUAACUCUGGCCAGAUUUGCUUAUGUGGUUCACGUCUGCUGGUGCACGAGGAAAUUUAUGAUCGAUUCACUUCAGCGUUCGUUUCGGAGGCUGCUAAGCUGAGAAUUGGAGAUCCGCUGGAACCUACUACUACUACUGGUCCGCUAAUCUCGCGAGAACACGCCUGGAGAGUUCAUAACUUUGUUCUUUGGUCGCUGCAAGCAAACCCCGGCGCUAGGGUUCUCCUGGGCGGCCCUGAUGCAUAUGAUGGUAAGUUGAAAUGA